CAAUGAGCAUGAUCUUUUAUAAGGCAGGACUGUCCAUUGUUCAAGCAAUCCGAAUCAUUGCGUCCUCUGCAAUCUCUUACAAAAUUUCAUAUUUCAGGAGAUAAUUCAUCUGCAUGGCGAGAAGAGUGAAAUGCUUAACCUCUUCAUCUUCUCUAUGGGCAUGCCCCAUCCUGUUUCUCCUCUUGCUCUUUUCGUUUGCAUAUUUAUCAGUCUCCCAGUUCGUGAUUCCCUCCUCUCAAGUAGCCAUUGAUCAGCUUGCUCUCAUCUCCUUCAAAUCUCUCCUCUCUGAUCCAUCCGAAGCAUUAGCUUCCUGGGAGAACACUUCCAUCCAUUUUUGCGAUUGGAAAGGAGUCGUAUGUCAUAACCUUGGAGGUGAAGCUAGAGUCACAGCUUUAGAGCUGGAGAACCUCACCUUAGCAGGUCCAAUAUCUGCAUCGUUAGCCAACCUCACUUUUCUCGAGAAGCUCCAUCUCCGAGAGAACCAACUUAAAGGUCCCAUUCCACAGGACCUUGGCCUUCUUUCUCAUCUUCAAAGUCUCGAUCUGAGCGUAAAUUCUCUUGAAGUGUGAUUCCGUUGUCUCUGUUUCAGAAUUGUUCUAAUCUCCAAAACUUCAACCUGAGUGUCAACAGUUUGCAUGGGACCAUCCCAGGAAACCUUAGCAACUGUUUAGACCUACAAUUCAUUAGAUUGGAAAGAAAUAUGUUUGAAGGAGAGAUCCCAAGUGAUAUCUAUUCCCUCCCAAAGCUUCAGGACCUCAACAUAUGGCAUAAUAAUCUCAGCGGAAGAAUUCCUCCUGAGAUUGGGAACCUUUCAAGCUUGACAAUACUUUCAUUAGCUGGCAACAAAUUCAGAGGCUCGAUUCCUUCUGAAAUAGGUAACCUUUCAUCCCUUGUUGAGCUUUACCUGUCAAGUAAUCAACUUUCAGGUAGCAUCCCGUCCAGCAUGGGCAAUCUUGGCAGACUAACUAUACUUUAUCUGCAUUUCAACAAUCUCAACGGCACUAUCCCACUAGAGAUUGGGAAUCUUGUCAAUAUGCAAGUUCUAGUGCUGGGCGGCAACCAUCUUUCUGGGAUCAUUCCUAAAAGCUUGGGCUUCUUGAAAAAUCUAGAUACGCUUAUUCUUAGUGGUAAUCAGCUAGAAGCAACAAGUUUUGCUGAGUGGAGUUUUAUUGAUGCUUUAAGCAACUGCACCCACCUCAGAAUUUUGGAAGCGAACGCCAAUAAUCUAGGUGGCAUGUUCCCCAAAUCCAUAGGUAAUUUGUCAAAAAAUCUCCAAGGGCUUAACUUCUUUCAAAACCAAAUUACUGGAAGCCUUCCUGCAGAAAUUGGAAAUCUUAACUUAUCAGCAAUUAUUAUGCAGUCCAACCGACUCAGUGGUACCAUUCCUAAAGAACUUGGAAGCAUCAACAGGUUAGAAAAAAUAAGGCUGGGUGACAACUUCCUGACUGGAGAAAUCCCUGUAGAUCUUGGCAACCUUACCAAAUUGUCUACCUUAGUCCUCGACAACAAUAAAUUGUAUGGUCCGAUACCUACUAGCCUUGGGAAUUGCCCGUUAAUUAGCUUAAGGCUUUCAACCAACAACAUAAGUGGUAGCAUACCAAAAGAAAUCCUCUCUAUCCUCUCCCUCUCCAUCAUCUUCAAUGUUUCAAACAAUUCUUUGACAGGAACACUGCCUUUAGAUAUUGGAAAGUUGAACAACGUCGUAACCAUAGAUGUCUCAAAUAACAGUCUGUCUGGUGACUUGCCUAGCACAAUCCUUGAAUGUCAAGUGCUGCAGUAUCUUUACAUGCAAAAUAACCUUUUCCAGGGAUCAAUUCCGCAUUCAUUCAGUGAAUUAAAAGGCCUUCAAGUGUUGGACAUUUCACGCAACAAAUUAACUGGGCGCAUCCCAUUAUUUAACACUAUGUCUUUUCUUAAUCUCUCCAACAACAAUUUUGAAGGGGAAGUACCAGUAAGUGGGGUUUUCCAAAAUUUUACUGCAUUUUCAGUGUCAGGAAACAGUCAACUUUGUGGAGGCCUCCCAGAGCUCAGCUUGCCAUCAUGCACCUCGAAGAGCAAACGUCUAACCAAAAAGUUUAUUGUAGUCAUUUCAAUAUCGGGAGUGUUUUUUUGCUUCAUGCUUCUUGUCUGCCUGUUUGCAAUUUGCCGUUGGCUUCAAAAGUCAAGAGGCUUUUCUGAUGUCGACUCACACAUCAUGGAGCAAUAUCGGAUGGUCACUUUUGCUGAGCUGUUCAGAGCCACAGAAGGAUUCUCACCUGCGAAUCUAAUUGGCAAGGGAAGCUUUGCAUCUGUAUACAAAGGGAAAAUAGAUUGGGAAGGCCAUGAGGAAAUUGCAGUGAAGGUACUCAACCUCCACCAAAAAGGGGCUUCAAGAAGCUUCAUGUCCGAAUGUGAAGCUUUAAGAAAUAUCAAGCAUCGAAAUCUCAUUAAAAUUUUAACAUCAUGUUCUGGUAUUGACUUCCAAGAGAAUGAUUUCAAAGCUUUAGUGUUUGAAUUUUUACCAAAUGGCAGUCUGGAGAAUUGGAUCUAUCCUAAAGCCGAUGAGGCCACACUACAAAGGUUAAGUCUCAACCAAAGAUUGAACAUAUCUAUAGAUGUGGCUUCAGCUUUAACAUACCUCCAUCAUCAUGGCGAGACCCCUAUGAUCCAUUGUGAUCUGAAACCAAGCAAUGUCCUUUUGGAUCAUAACAUGGUUGCACAUGUGAGUGACUUUGGAUUGUCCAAGUUUCUUGUCAAAACUGCAAGUUCAUCAAGCCUAAGACAGACAAAUUCAGCCACAUUGAAAGGGACCAUAGGAUAUGUUGCUCCAGAAUAUGGUAUGACCACUAAAGUUUCAGCUGAAGGGGAUGUAUACAGCUUCGGAAUACUUCUACUGGAGAUGUUUACUGGAAAGGGGCCUACUAGUGAUACCUUCAAAGAAGGAAUUAACCUCCACAAAUUUGUUGAAAUGGCACUUCCUACUCGAAUCGCUGAGAUAAUAGACCCAUACCUCUUGAUGGAGAUGGAAGAAUCCAGUGGCACUGAUGUAUCAACAGAUGAAUCAAAAAUGAGAAUGCUAGAGUGCUCUACUUCAGUGUUUAGAGUUGGCAUUUUGUGCUCCAAGGAAUCACCAAAAUAUCGACCGCGUAUGGAAGAUGCCAUGAACGAAUUAAUCAACAUCAAAGAUGCAUUUCUAAGGUUGGCUGUUUAAAGUAUAGGCUCGUAGCUUGCAACAUUCUAUAAGCUAUUAUUUCCAAGCAUUAGAUUUUCAUCCAUUAUGUGAUUUUUUUUUUUUUAUAAUAUUCAAUACAUAGAUUGAAGCAAAAUUUAAGGUCAGAAAAUUUCAAACCUUUGGUUAUUGUA